CCAUGUUCCAAUAUAAAAACAUAGUUUUAUUUAUCAUAAUAGUUAAAAUUAGUGCCAAUCUGAAGGCAGCCCUGCUGAGUCAUUCUGUACUUAUACAGCAUAGGCCAGUCGAAAAGUUGGAGUUCAUACAUUAGAAGAUGCAAGCUGUACAGACUUAAAAAGACAGUGGGGAAAGGUAAAAAAUGAUGAAGAGUCAACAUAUUUUCCCAAGCCUGUUGAGGAGUUUUGCCAUGUGAAGCUGCCACUAAAGAGUAUUGAUUUGAAUGAUGAAUCAAUUCGUGAACAGCUGCUUAGUGGAGCACCAAACAGCUCCCUUGCAAAGCACAUUACUGGAAGAAAUGUUUUGCAAAAUGAAGUCAUCCAGGAACAAGAUGUAGCAGCUCCCAAUAAAGUUAAGUUAUUGGAAUCAAUUACUUCAAUUUCUCAAACAGAAAAUCUGAUUGCUGAAAAAUAUUCCAGUAUCAAUUUUAGUUACAGCUGUUGCACAGAAGAUCACUUGUGCAUUAAAAAGUUUGCAUUAAACAAGCAAGAACUUGAAUUUUAUAAAGAUAAAGUCUGUGUUGACACUAGCAAAGCAUUUAACAUGCUUAAAAACAUUGUGCAGGGUGACCCUAUUUGGAAUACUGAGCGAAGUUUCAGGAUCUCAGGCAGUAAAUGCUAUUCCUUAUACACAUUUAAUUCAUGCAACAUUGAAGAUUGGACUAAAAAAAUCCGUUCCUUAUAUUUUAAUUCAUUUGCUGGAAAUGAAGCUACAAGGUAUGGGUUGAGUCAUGAAAAUGUUGCUCGAGAAAAAUACAUGAAGGACACUGGGACAAACGUAGUGGAGGUUGGGUUGGUCAUUUUACCCCAGUUACCUUGGUUGGCAUUUUCACCGGAUGGCAUUGUUUUUCAACAUGGCAAACCAUCGCAUCUUCUUGAAAUAAAAUGCCCUCUUCUUGCAGUAACUUCAUCAUUUCAAGAUUUGAUAACAAGUAAAAAAAAAAACUUUUUAACAGGUGACAACCACAAUGGAUACCAGCUAAAGAAGAAAAAUCCAUAUUAUGGCCAGAUUCAGCUGGGCUUGGCUUUGUUAAACAUGGAAAUGUGCCAUUUAUAUGUUUACAGUAAACAUGAAUCUGCUCUGAUUAUUCAAGUCAAGAAAGACAAUGAAUUUAUAAAUGAUAUGCUUGAAAAUCUGAGAAAAAAGUACUUUUUGUAUAUAUUGCCACUCUUUGUUGAAAUGUUUAAUAAAAAUAUGUAAGUC